AUGAAAUCAAAGAGACUUUUGAUUGCUAGUGCCUUUUUGCUUGUAAUUGGGCUUACGAUUUGGUAUGCUAUAUAUAAUUUCUAUUGCCUAUUUAUGAGUGAUGAGGCUGCAAAUUCGAUAUUUGAUAAAUCCAAGCUUAGAGGCAAGUUCGAGGAUAGCGAUAAGGUUAUAGAAGGGCCAGAUUUCUUCAGCUUUGUAUAUAAGUUCCUCUUGACUUUGGACGACAGCGUCAUAGGGGAUUCGUGUGUCGAGGGAGUUUACGACAAGAAUAGCAUUUCUGAAAAGGAAUCCUAUCUCAAGGACGGACUCGAAAUGGCUACCAAAACUCUCUUUAAGAACAGAAAUGUAAAGAAGGAUUUGGAUGAAAUUUUGGGAUCAAGCAUUUUUGAUAUUGUCGAGACUAUGAAAAGGGAAGGCAAGGCCCAGGAAUCUGAGGGUGCUGUCGAAGGGUUGAAGGACAACAGCCAUAUUGUCACUAUGGUGUCCAAAGCCUUUAUUUACACUCUUCUCAAGGAAAGGAUAGACCCUUUGAAAUAUAAUGUAUAUCUCGACAAGGUAAGAGGAGACUUCAAUGAAAGCACCUUGGAGCACCUAAAGAGAAUUGGUGCCUAUGAGAAGAUACUUGUUUUCCAAGGGGAAAGCGACUUCGCCAUGGAGAUUUAUGACUACCUUCGUAUUGUAAUGUUCUCAACUAGUAAGCUUAUUCCUGAGGGCCUUGCAGCCGUGAAUAAUUGA